AUGGUUACGUUUAGUAAUUUUACAUUGAAGAAAAUUUAUUUUGUUUUCAAAAUUCUUUUGUUUAAAUAAUUAUCUGUCUAAAAAGAUUAAAUCAUCAAGAAAAUGGAUGACCGAGUACCAGUUUUGGCUGCAGAAAACUUCAGUAGAUUUAAAAAACUUCGAACUAUUCCACAUUUUAGCCUUCAUCUUUUAAUUUCUACCAUAAUUUCAAUCUUCGGUAUCAUUCUUGCUGCAACAUGGCCUGAUUCAAAGAGAUGUGAAGCAUAUUUUAUUAUGCUUUACGUUCGAGCUGGAUUUUGGAUCAUAACUUGGGUUUUUGAUUAUAUAGUCAAGUAUCACCAUGACCAACUGCGUCUCAAUGGAUACCAUGAUUUUUACAGAGCGACGAAAACUCACAAGUCUGUUCCAUUAACAAUUGUUAGUCUUUGGAAUACAGCACUUCUUACUGUUGCAGCUGGCAUCCAUCAUUAUUAUGGAGAUAAUUUCUUCAUUAAAUGCAUGGAAUCGUUCUUAAGUCCAGUCGUCUAUGUGACUGCCUUUACGGUUGCUGAGACUUUCGUCCUUUUUGCUGUGCAUGGAACAUACAUUUAUCGCGUACAUAAAUUCAACACAUCACAAAUGCCUCCAGAUGCUCUUCAAGGCAUAAAUACUGUUCUUGGAUCUGUAGGUUUAAUGCAAAGAGGCGCUGAUAUAACAGAACUUUUGGAAAAACAAGCUGAUUUGAUCAAUUAUCUUCGUGAUCAUAACAUGAAAUUGAAUCAAAAACUCAUGCAAGUGACAAAUCAGUUCCGGCCUUCAAUCUGAUGGUGAUUUUAAUGUGAACCAUAACCAUUAAUGGUCAAAAAGAUUAAACUUUAUUACUAAGCAAUCUGUAACAGGAAAUUCUUCCUUUCGAAUCAAUUUUGAGACUUUCAUUUCAUUUUUAAUUUUGCUUUUUACUUUAAUUGCUCUUCUGCAUCAUAAAUAAAAAUAAGUAAACAUUUUCUUGUUGAAAAAGUGAUCAAGAUGUUACGACUUACGAGAACUGAGACAUAAUAAAAAAUGUAUUUUUAAAAAUAAAUCGAU